AUUAUUUAGGGGAAGACAGCAGGGAACUGAGUGCUGGUUUCAAACUGUGAGAACAAGUGGACUGUUCUCUGGGCCGCUGGACAAUGCUAACUGCAGAACUGCCAUAUCUUCACCCUUUCAGAAAGCGCUGACAAGAGAACUCCUGCACUUGGCAGCACAGCAGACUCUGUAAGGAGCAAAAAGUUCCUGGGCUUGUGCUCUGCAGGUUUCACGGCACUCAGAAAGCCUCCCAGACAAGCCUGGAGCUGCAGAGAACUAAGACUUGGUUGAUUUGUGAGUCAGCGUGUGCGACUGUGAAGGUAAAACAUGAGCUCUCUCCAUUAGCUGGCAUCCGAGAAGUUUGCUGCUUCCUGCAGGGAAGAUGCAGUUCACUCUGUUGUGCAGCUUUGGGUUUUGUUUUAAGGGGAGUUGACCUGUAUCUAGCUUAUACCCAAAUGAGCCCGUGCUAGGGAGGUGAUUGGCUAAUUGAGUCUGUGACUGACACUCGUAAAUGAGUGCACUAGGGGCAGCGCAGUGCUGAUUGGCUGGUAUGUGAGGCUCAGAAACUCUCUCCAACAAGAGCUCUGGCCAUUCUCAGUCCUGCUGCCUUCAGAGUAGGUGCUCCAGGCACAGCCACCAGGCGAGAGGCUGCUUCCUUCGCUCAGUCACUCAGAGGCAAGUGAAGGAGGGCAGACCUCUGCCUUGCACUGGGCGGGAGGAUUUCCUUGCAGACCUCCAACCCAGGAGGGGAAAGGAAGCAGAAAGCUCCUGGAACUUGAUUUCAUUCAGCUUAAAGGAUGGGCAGAGUCCAGAGUCCAGGAGGCCCCAGCUGGAGCAGAGCUGGGGCUCUGCUGGCCUUGGCGGCCAGACUCUUUGCUUGCAGUCAUGCAAAUGAAUACGACUAUGUGAGUUUCCAGUCCGACAUAGGCUCUUACCAAAGUGGGCGAUUUUACACCAAACCCCCGCAGUGCGUGGCCAUCCCAGCGGACCUGCGCCUCUGCCACAGCGUGGGCUAUGACAAGAUGGUCCUGCCUAACCUGCUGGACCACGAGACCAUGGCCGAGGUGAAGCAGCAGGCCAGCAGCUGGGUGCCCUUGCUCAACAAGAACUGCCACAUUGGCACCCAGGUCUUCCUCUGCUCCCUGUUUGCCCCCGUGUGCCUGGACCGGCCCAUCUAUCCCUGCCGCUGGCUCUGCGAGGCCGUGCGUGACUCCUGCGAGCCCGUCAUGCAGUUCUUUGGCUUCUACUGGCCAGAAAUGCUCAAGUGCGACCAGUUCCCCCAGGACGAUGUCUGCAUUGCGAUGACCACUCCCAACGCCACAGAGGCUUCCAAGCCCCAAGGAACGGCUGUGUGUCCCCCCUGCGACAACGAGAUGAAGUCAGACGCCAUCAUUGAACACCUGUGUGCCAGUGAAUUCGCUUUCAAGAUGAAAAUAAAGGAAGUGAAAAAGGAGAACGGGGACAAAAAGAUUGUUCCAAAGAAGAAGAAGCCCUUGAAAUUGGGAACAAUCAAGAGAAAAGACCUCAAGAAGCUAGUACUGUAUCUAAAGAAUGGAGCAGACUGCCCUUGCCACCAGCUGGACAACCUCAGCAACCACUUCCUGAUCAUGGGCCGCAAAGUGAAGACCCAGUACCUGCUGAUGGCCAUUCACAAGUGGGAUAAGAAAAACAAAGAGUUCAAAAAGUUCAUGAAGAAAAUGAAGACUCUGGAGUGUCCAACAUUUCAGUCGCUCUUCAAAUGAUCAAGUGGCUAGAAGGACUCCUGCUGGCCCAGAACUUGCACAGCCCUAGGACUCGGGGUUCAAAUGUUGCUCCUUCUGUAGUAGUGGAUGUUGUACCUGAGUCAGUUUUGUUUCUUUGUAUUUUUUUUUGAGCUUCCUUUAAAGCUCCACCCCCAGUAUCAGUAUUUCCCUGUAAGCGAAUGUUUGAAAGUGCAACACAUUCAUACAGAACAGUCACUGAGGUCACAAACUAAUUACACCUGCAAUGUCGGAAGCAACCUGUUACUGUAAUGAUAUGCAAAUCUAUUUAAAUAAGGAACUUGUCAGAUAAAAAGAGCGAAAGCGGGGGGUGAUACUAGAUAAUCCUAUUGAAUUGGUCUAAAGUGAAAUAAUUCUGGGUAAAUUGAUUUUUCUUUAGCUCAGGGGUGUUUAUUCCCUACAUGGGAUGUUUUCUGCAAUUCUUACUGCAGGCCAAUUUCGUGAAGUACUAUCUGUGGGGAAAGGCCUUUUAAAGCUAAUGGGGUGGUGGAAUUAGGACAUGAAUGCUGCAGAAAAUCCCACCUUGUAACCUUAGACCAGUAUUUGCAGUGUCAUCUUUGAUGCAAAACUAAUUCUAGAUAAAGAACUUUAUCAUUAGUUGCUUUUUGAAUUCUACAGACUUGAAUACCGUAGAUUGGUGAGGACAUAGGGGAAGCAGGUGACAAAUCUGGAGCCAUCAGGAGGUGGAUCAUUGAGGAAAACACAGGCUCAGUCGGGACUAUAAGUCAUAGAGUUUAUAGCCAUAGAGGUUAUUUUAAAACAACAUACACUGAAACUGUCUGCAAAGCACUGUGGGACAUGGGGAAAAGCCUGCCAAGUCCACACAAGGAUUAUUUCCAUUGGCAGAGCAGCAGGGACAGAAAAGAAAUUAGUUUUGCAUCAGAGAAGGGGAGAUGCUGAAGGGUUUUUAAUGAUAUGGGAAUUUUCAUGCUGGUCCCUCUGGUUUUAUUGGCCUUCUCUCAUCACUGCCUCAGCCAUAGGAAUGUACCUUAUGCCUCUUGAUGGGCAAAAAGCUGAUUGUUUUAAACAAAAUUCAGAUAGUUCAGCGGUAACCAUUAGCUCAAAUAGAAACUCAAUUCAUGUAGAUUUGAACUCACACUCGCCCACCCCCCCCCGGCACUUCUCAGAAUUAGACUGAUUUCUACAAAGUGAAUCUUGAGCCAAAAAGUCCAAGUUCAGAGACAAUUGGGGCCACAGAACUGAGCAGUAUGUCACUUUUUUCAGUGUUCUAGCAUAGUGCAUGAAACAAAAUAUCUGAUCCUUUAAAAUUUUUAGCAGUGUCAAUUAGUUUCCUACACAAAUCCUGUAAGGUAGCCAGUUUAGAAGGAUAAUGCGUUCUUUGCAUUUCUUUCUACCUCUGUAACUAUUGUGUACAGGAUGUUAAUUACCUGGUAAAAGUCAGGUCAGUUACACAGUAAGGACCAGCUCUAGCAGACAUUGGUGCCAUUUUGCAGGACCAGGGCCUAAAGAAGUAUCUGAUUCCAGAACAUUGUUGGUUGGCACGAGGUAGGGGUUCUGAAGUCAGUCAGACUGUAUGUCCUGGUUACGGGGACGGUAUUGCUCUGGGACAGGAGGACUGAGAAAAGCUAUCAGCUAUCAAAGUUACAUUGUGGAAAAGCAAUUUGUUACUAUAGUUACCUAUUUAAAGCCUAGCAUAACUGUAUGCUUCUAGGUACUGAAUCAGUUCGUUUACCAGCUCUCUGAUCUUGUAUUCUAGUCCUUUGUCAAGAGGAUGAGCUAGAUCCUUUUAUCAGAUUUGUGUGUAAUAUUUCAGUCAAGGUUUUUUGGACAUUUUUAUGUAGCUGGAUAGUAAUUUUACUUUCCCCUUUGCCAAACUGCUUGGUGAACUGUCAGCGAUUCUGAGACUGUAUGGAUCUAGCUUUUAGAUUUGAUUGGUCGUCAAUCGGACUUUUUAGUUCUGUUUUAUGCAUGUGCAGUUUUUGAUAAAAUUAACAGCACCCAAGAAAAUGAGUCCGAUGUAACAUCAGGUUCUUUGUGAGCAGUUGAAGUAUCUUUACAUUUUGUCUUAAUGUAACUGUUUAGAGCGUUAAUUUAGGGAAGUGUGGCAGACUGGGGGGGGGGCUUGUUUUUUGUUUGUAAAUAGAGAUUUUGAGAGAGGAAGUGAAAUGUAAAAGGGUAGUAAGAAUUGGAACCGAAAAGAGCUACCUUCUAAGGGCUGUAAAAAUGAAUGCAAGGCUUUCGUGUUGUUCCUGAAGGUGGCCUGAUUUUUCUGCUUCUACAAACAUUAUUACACCUUUCAAAAAACAAAAAAAGAUAUUGCAGCCACUCAUGUGAAGGCUAACACAGAUCCACAUUCUGGAACAGAAAUAGGACCUGAAAGCAUGUCCAAAACAUUUCAGUAUUGUUGGAACAAUAACAGGCUUUUAUCUAAUCCUGUCAAACUAAGCCAUAGAUGGUGUGAGAGUUUUUGUGUGUUACAGGAAUUUAGCUACAAUCGUUGCUAUAACGCCAGUUUGCUAGAUAACAUUAUGGUGUUUUCGUGUAAUCAUAAAAAUAAACCUGCCAGGGAAAUCAAGGGUUCAUUGAGAGACAUGAUCUGAAAAUGUUAGAAUUGGCACCAAAGGAAAAUCCUCAGUAAUGCAUUGAUGAUUUCAUAAGAAAAUAGUGUGUGGUUUUUGUAACGUACUUCAUUGCAUAGUUCUAAUAGGUACUUCUUGAAUUACUUCUCAGAGCAGCAGACAGACGGUAUGUCCUCGAUUUUUAAAUUAUUCCUACACUGACGGGGCAAAUGCAUUUGAAUUUUCAGAUGAAGAUGCCUUCCCAGAGAAGGUCCAGUAAGUUUCAUGCUCUUGAAAGUCAGAACCCAGUUCUUGUCUCUUUUUCAGGAAUCACCAUCUAAUAGCUGGUGAUAUAUUUAGUUCCACAUGUAUUAACUGAAUAGCUAUUUUAGCUAUAUACAUUAAGCAAUUGAUGUAUCCUAAUGGACUGGCAGUACCUAUCUUUCAUACAGUAAGGGUGAAAGCAGCCCAGUGCAGGGAAUCUGCACAAGGCGGUAUGCACCACUUAAACAUCACGUUAGCCCACAUCACAGAUGCUCCAGGCCUGACUCAAAGUCCACUGAAGUCUCCCAGCGUCUCCUCCGAUAUCACUGGGUUUUGGCUAGGCCCUCUCUGAGAAGCUUGACUUUUCUCUAGAACUAGUAUCGGCUUCUACUUUCUCCUGAGAUGUGUAUAAAAGCUUAGGAUACUGUGAAAAUGUUUGAUAUUCCUUUUUUUUUUACUUCAGCAUUUUAUUCAUGUUACAUUAUUUUACCAGCUGUUUUGAUGUUACGACUUAUGUUUAAUAGCAAGUCCAGUAUCUGUUCUUUAUUCUUGCAUAUGUUUUCCCUGUUUUUCCAUCCACGUAUCAAUAUUCACUUAACUAAAAUUGCUGAAUUAA